AUGCACCUGUCUCUAUACCUAAACCACAACUCCACGGACUCUCAAGUGUCACUGGCGCAUCAAAUUCCCAUUCAAAGAGUCAACGGACGCAAAAAACAUCCUGCAGCUCAUUCAUCCCGUCCCCGCCGCAAGAUGCGGGCAGAAGGCCAUGUGCUAUCGGAGCUGCCGGAAGAACUUCUUCAAGAUGUGAUCGAGCGAUUGGAGCAAAGCGAUCUAACCUCACUCAAUGUGGUCUCCCGAUGGGGUUAUCUGGUUGCAACGCCCCGAAUAUGGAGUGAUGUGGAGUUGACGGAUUGUCGAACUUACCACGAUGGGGACGAAUUUGAUGAGCACGACGACACCCGAAUCAUCCAGAAGCUGCUACUCUUCGUGCGAAAUCCUUGGUUGGCGUCUUGUGUUCGUACCCUAACACACAGAUGUCAUCUUUCACCUCCGGCAAUAUUCGGGGAGCUUCCAGGCAAUCCUUUCAACAGCCAAACUCUGUCUACCGACCCUCGAACCAUCAAACUCGUACAGCUGGCAGCUAGAAACAUGACCCAAGUCCAUACUCUGCGCAUAAUUCUAGGACAUGCUACCUUGACAGAUGCUCUUAUCCGCAGCUUCUUCGACGUUCGCCGGCAAAAGGUAGAUGGUGUAAUACCGGUGCGCAAGCUAUGGCUGGAGAACUGCAGAAUCUCUGCGGGUCUAAAUAUCAACCUAGACGAUGGCAACCCUUAUGGAUUACCACCCCAGUUGAGCUUCCUUGGUCUGGAGUCGGUACGUAUUAGACGCUUGCCCAUGAGAUCUGCAAGCUCCCAUGUUCUACCGCAAGGCGUGGUGUAUUCGAGAGGUGGCAGACUUCAACGCCUUCAGGAUGGUCUGGGUGGCAUGUACGAAACCACGGUUCAAGACGUCGAUGUUGAGUCUCGAGCUGCUUUGGACCAUGCUACAUGGCUGUCGGAGCGAACACUCAAUUCCUUCGAUCCAUCUGCAGAUGAAUACGAGGAUUCUCCGCUUGAGAUUAUGUAUGAGACUGCGCACCAGUAUGACCAGCGUAUUUAUGAAAAUCUCGCCGAGGACCAGGAAUUACCCCCAGAAGUCUUGCGUCUUGGGCAGAUGACAUUCGGGAACCGUGCGAUGCAGGCGUAUAGAGGCGACUGGCUCGAUCCCGAUCCGGCCACACUUGCGCUUGAAGAAUCUAGGUUGCCAGUCGUGCAGCGUGAACGAAUCCCAUCCUCCGAUGCAGCGAUUUCAAUGCUUAGAAGCACUGCUGAAACACUUACACAUUUAAAUCUUGACUGGGUCUACUGUGCUCCUACAAGAUUCGGUCCGGUAGACUCUACAGCUCUUCGGUCCUGGCCGAAGAUUUAUCAAGAUCUGUUCAGCUGCCGCUUUCCGCAUCUUCGCAGCUUCCAGUGGAGGAACUGUGUUGUAUCCGACACUAGGAUGCCAGGAGGACUGUACCUGUUAGAUUGCUCAAGUUCGAAUUUUGCUAACUCUGAUCCGAACGACUCCAAUACUCCCGGCGCUGCGGUCAAAGAUCUGGCAGGUCUGGAGUUCCUCGAAGCGCACCCUGGUAUCGUUUGCUUGGCGUGGCCUGUGGAUCAUUUCUUCUCGCAUGUAUCUCCUCCUGCAGAAGUAUCGACGCGAGUGCAAGCCGUGGUGGAGAAUCUCGGACGAACGUUGUUGGACCUGCGAGUCGACGCUCUAUACAGCGGUACUGGCGAAAUGAGCAGCGAGGCUCUGCACUGCAAAGACAUUGCUGCCAGGAAACGCCGGUUGCGGUUCAUAAGCGAGUUCGCGGCCAAGAUGACCAGAUGUGAGAGCAUCAAGAUCGAAGGUGGCCUCCCGAGAGACGAGAGACGAGAAAUCGUUCGCGCUAUGCACGCCUGUCCACUGAAGAAGAUUGUGAUGAUUGGGGUGUGCAGUACCGUUGGCAAUACUUGGGGUGCUGGCGGCGAGGACGCCCGGCAUGCUGUCGAGAACGAAGACGUGGACGACCUGGAAGAAGAAGACAGACGUGCUGUGUUUGAGCUGGGGGUCAAGACGCCGCAGCCCCCUCCUCACAAUUUCGUGUUUGAGCCGCAAUUCGGCUGGAGUGGUACGGCGCCCAUGCUCCACACACUGGCCUCCUUCCACGCAGAUACCAUCACUGAGCUGAAGUUCUGUGGAUAUAAAGGCUCCGCUCUACUGUUUGACCCCACACCAAUUACCACGCCGCUCUUCUCGGCCUUGAAGCAUUUCCACAACCUAGACUCUCUCAUCCUUAGCCUUUGGUUGACCACGGCAUUCGAGGGUCGACAGUCAAACGAUGCUGAGGUCAUACAAUACUGGUACAAUCAACGAUCUUCGGAGUCACUUGCGCUGGUCUGCAUCAACGAUGAAGAGCCAGAAGGUUGGGAAAAGGAGCUUGUCACGAAAUAUGCCCCCGAUGCUCUCGCUUGGAGAAUCACCAAUUUCAUCGGGCCGUUCUUGAGCGAAAAGGCCAAGAAGAGAAAGGGCGGCGUGCAUGUGCGAGCUUCCUUUUGCAUUGGCGACUGGGGAGGUGUCUUUGACGUUGACCUUCACAUUGGUCAGAGUGCGCUGGGAAAUGUUUGCUUGGACUUUCAGGGACCUAGGGAGGAGAUGGAAAGUAGUCGAAGGAAGGCGAAGCUGGAAGGAAGACGAUGGUUUUGA